CUCUACACAUAAUGAAAAUUGACGCGACUCGAGCAUGCUCAGCGCGCAGGUCUGUCGUGUGUGGGCACCUUUAAGCAGCUGACUUUUAAGAAACGAUAGAAACUUGUUGGACAGCGUAAACAACACUUUCUGCACGUGCCGCAUUUCUUAAAAGUUUUGAAUAAAACUCGAAUUAUAUGAUGUCGGGUCGUCUUGAGCUGCUCAGUGAACAGGGCCUACGUCUGGAUGGUCGACGACCACACGAACUGCGACACAUCAAAUGCAAGCUGGGCGUCUUUGAGCAGCCCGAUGGCAGCGCCUACAUGGAACAGGGAAAUACAAAGGUGUUGGCCGCCGUCUAUGGGCCACAUCAAGCCAAGGCCAAGAAGACGGAGGGCAACGAUCUGAUUAUUAACUGCCAGUACAGUCAAGCCACCUUUUCCACAUCGGAGCGCAAGAAUCGUCCACGCGGCGAUCGCAAAUCGCAAGAGUUCAAAAUGUAUUUGCAGCAGGCAUUGAGUGCAGCAAUUAAAUCGGAGCUAUAUCCACGUUCCCAAAUCGAUAUAUAUGUGGAGGUGCUGCAAGCAGAUGGUGCCAACUACGCUGUAUCCCUGAAUGCCGCCACCCUGGCCCUCAUUGAUGCGGGCAUCUGCUUAAACGAGUUUGUUGUUGCCUGCACCGCAUCAUUGAGCAAGUCCAAUAUUCCACUAACGGACAUAUCCCAUGUCGAGGAGGUCUCGGGCGGACCCAAGCUAACUAUAGCGGCCCUGCCCACCGCCGAGAAGAUUGCGUUUAUGGAAAUGAGCGAAAGAUUUCACGUCGAUCAACUGGAGACGGUCAUAGAGACGGCAAUGGCAGGUUGCCGGGAGAUUCGCGACAUCCUGGAGGCGGCAGUCAAGGAGCAUCUUAUACAUAUUGGCAGUGCCGCCGACUGGGCGCGUGUGUGUUGAAAAUAAAUAAUCAUAACUCAUAAUUAA